AUGUCCAUUAGUGUGAUUGAAAAAGAAUAUGCAGACUUCUCUACCCUCUCCGCAUUAGAGAGGCAGAUCUUUGAUUUCCUUGGCUUCCAGUGGGCACCUAUUCUUGGAAAUUUUCUACAUAUAAUAGUUGUCAUAUUGGGUUUGUUUGGAACCAUUCAGUACAGACCUCGAUAUAUCGUGGUGUAUACAGUAUGGACUGCCCUCUGGGUCACCUGGAAUGUGUUCAUUAUCUGCUUUUAUUUGGAAGUAGGUGGGCUCUCUAAGGAUACAGACCUAAUGACAUUCAACAUUUCUGUACAUCGGUCAUGGUGGCGGGAACAUGGGCCUGGCUGUGUCCGAAGAGUGCUGCCCCCAUCAGCCCACGGCAUGAUGGACGAUUACACGUACGUCUCUGUCACAGGCUGCAUCGUCGACUUCCAGUACCUGGAGGUCAUCCACAGUGCCAUCCAAAUCCUACUUUCUUUGGUUGGUUUUGUGUAUGCCUGUUAUGUGAUCAGUAUUUUCAUGGAAGAAGAGGAUACCUUUGAUUUCAUAGGUGGACUUGAUGCACACUCCUACUACCAGGAUCAUGUUCAGUUAAAGCCUGGGAAACCAGUCGAAAUAAGUAAUGGCAUCAACUCUGAAAUGCAAGUGCUGAACUUGACUUAGGAAGCAAAGCGUCAUUGACAGCUCCUCUCUGCAUCAACAUGUCUCACUUUCUCCCAGAGGAUGGACUGCGCCUCCCUGCUUUCCCACAGAUCACGGAGUUCUUCGGUCACAGCCUGUGUGUUAUUAGCAUUGUGCACUAGAUGAGUUGUAGGUGCUUG